AUGCUGGUUUACGAGAGCAGGAAAGAUUCCUAUUCAAUCAACCGACCUACAAGCACUCUCACUCCGUCAGGGAGUGAUUCUUAUGCCGAUUCAUUAAAUUCCUCUUGGGACUCUUCUUUGCAACUUCAUGUUGGCACACCUACGAGUUCAAUUACUCGACGUCCGUCUUUCGACGAGACCGUCAAGAUGGAAGAUUUAUCUUUCCAUGACUACAAUAACCUCCCAGAUAGAUACGGAAGCUCAAAUGGCAAUGCAUUCUGCGCUAUGUCAGCCAUGACACAAGACAUGCUUACCGGCUUCCAAGAGCCUAGCACUUUCUUUAGUAUGGAUGACGGAAAGACAUUGGCCGAUGCAAAUCCUUCAAUCGCUUUCGAUACUAGUUUUCAAGGCUACGCACCUGCUAUCUUUGGAUCAUUUGAAACACAUUGUCCUUCAAGUGACAUCCCAUCGCUUAUGGACGAUUUGUAUUCACCAACUUCAACGUCUGAAUCUUCAGGAGCCAUGGAUUAUGUGGAUCCGGCACAAACAACAUUGAUCGAUACUUUUGCCGAUUUUCAGUCCUCUCCAAUCGGCUCACUCACACCUAUCAGAUUUGGAACACCCUCAUCAGAUUUCAACACUCAGAGAUCUUACAACAAUUCUCCCGCAGGGACUUCUACCACAGGAUAUCUCGCUCCACCAACAAAUUACCAAGACCUCAGACAAGAGUCAAUCUCUCCUAUACGACAGCAACAGUUCCGAAGACCGUACUUUGACAGCCUUCAAAGCGCAGCCGCUCUGCAAAGAAUCCAAGCCGCCACUCCAACAAAAGCAACAACCCGUAGGAAGAUAAAGCGAGAAACAGUACCAAUACGAGUGCAAAACAGAAACAAGUUACCUUGCCUCCACCCCGGAUGUAACAGAAAAUUUCAACGACAGGAACACCUCAAGCGACAUGAACACACACACGACCAGCUUGCUCCCAAACACAAAUGUCCCUUCUGCGUGAAAGAAUUUGGGCGUACAGAUAAUCUGAAAUCACACAUCGAUCUCCACAGGAAGCGCGAUAGGAAGGCGGCUCGAACUGAAUGGCACGCAGAUGCCGAUAAAGUAUGGGAGUCAAUGAGCAAAAAGAGUCGCAAGCAUGAAGACUCGGAAGCAAAAUCCGCCUCGACCAGGACUAGGUUGAGUGCUUAUUGA